AACUAAAGACAGCUAUGGCUGUGGGAAGCGCUCUCUCUCUCUCUUUCUGUGUGUAUGUGCUGGUAUGUAGUUGCUCUUAAAUACACUACAACCUCCCUCGGUUACGCUUCCUCGCUACACACAUUAGACAAGACUACAGUGAACAGGUAAAAGUAGAAGCAGACCACACCAGCCAUGGAGGGACUCUACUUUGAAGUGAAACCCAGAAGAGAUGGACCCCCCAGGCCACGGAGUUCUGAGAAACCCUGUCCUUAUAUAACUUCAAACCACCGCUCAUGUCCAUCACUUUCACAUCUCACGUCUUCCACACUUUGUCCUCAGAAACUCACCUCUGCUAGGAAGAUUGCAACAUGGGGGGGAAAGGUAGAGGAAGAAGGAGAGGAGGAGGAGGAGGAGGAGGUACGAUACAAACUGACAUUGAUUGGUUCUCUGCCGGUCCACCACCUGACUACUAUGGCCAUGCUGCCUUGGGUGGUGGCUGAGAUCAGGAAGUCUCAGUCUGCAGAGAAGGAACUGGGUUUUGGGUUGCGGUCUGGAGGUCCAAGAGGUGGACAGUUGGACCCUUCUACCUGCAAUCAGACAGUUUUUUUGUGUGUGUCGGCAUCAUGGGUGCGAUGUGUGUCCGUUCUGGGAGAGGGAGUUGUCUGGGACCCUCUGACACACACAGUGCUGUUUGAAUGUCGCCCUCACCAGGUGACUAAGCUAAUUCACAACAGCCAGGAGCCCAGCAGCUUUGGCUGCCUGGUCAGAAACACACCAAACUGUGCCUGCUAUGUCUUCCAGUGCCAGGACAGCACUAAGGUUCCUGAGAUCAUCAGUACGUUGAGGCAGGCUGGCAAGAGUUCGGCACGCAACGAUGACAUCACCACCAUUUCCAACAAAACUUCCUCUGGAGGUAGUGAUCCCUCUGAAAAAUGUUUUCCUUCUCUCUCUAUGACGACAACCUCCGUGGCACCCUCUGUUGCUAUGUCUCCGACAGCCUUUGCCAAGAAGUUCGAGGUGCUGUUUUGCGGCCGUGUGAGUGUUGCUCACAAGAAAGCCCCUCCUGCCCUGAUUGAUGAGUGCAUCGAGAAGUUUAGCCAGUUGCAUGGCUCAGGGAUGAGUGAUAGAGGAGGAAAUAGCGGUGGAUUUGUGGGUGGGCUGAGGAGGGCAUUAACCUUGCCAUCCAAUGGACUCGGGAGUGGUGGUGUUGGUAAUGGUGCUGCAGGGAGCCCAACCACCGGGAAGCGUCCUGUCUUGUUUAAAAGAGACCCCAGCUUUCCCUGUCUGCAGGCCCUGGAUGAGAAUGGACUCUCACCAGAGAUCUCUCACACCAACACUACUGACGCACACUCCCACUCCGCUGGAGUACAGCCCACCAGCCUGCAAGAGAACAGGACCAUGCUGUUUACGGUGGGCAGGUCUCAGAUCUUCUUGGUUAGUCCAGACACUAAGAAAGUUGCCAUAGAGAAGAGUUUCAGAGAAAUCUCCUUCUGCUCACAGGGUAUUCGCCAUGUGGAUCACUUUGGCUUCAUUUGCAGGGAGACUGUGGAAGGAGGGAGCUGCCACUUUGUUUGCUAUGUCUUCCAGUGCACCGACGAAUCACUGGUGGAUGAGAUCAUGCUGACUUUGAAGCAGGCGUUCUCUGUGGCAGCCCUACAGCAGAAUGCAAAGACCCAGAGCCAGCAGUGUGACAGCUGCCCCAUGCAGCAGCUCCACAGACUGUGUGAGAGGAUAGAAGGUCUACACCCAUCUAAAACCAAGCUGGAGCUUCAGAAACACUUGGCCACUCUGGACAACCAGGAGCAAGCUUCAGUCUUUGAAAACACUAUGAGGGCUCGUCCUAAGAGUGACCAGGAAGAGAACGAGUUGGUGAUGGCCUCUUUGAGGAAUCUGUAUGAGGAGAGACAGAGGAGCCAUCAGCACACACUGCCUGGAGACAGCAAACAGGCGUGUGAGGAGGCAGCUCCAGCCCCAGUGGAGGCGCAGCAGCAGAGUAGCAGUCGGCAACGACUUGAGCAGUUCAAGAGCCGAGCCAAGCGCUCUCUCACUGAGUCCCUGGAGGGGAUCUGGAAGGGGACCAGCAAGGCCAGAGCUCAGAGGGACUACAGGGACUACAGUGUAGGAAGUGACAGCGGCUCUUCCAUUUGUACGGUCAACAGCAGCCAGGACCAGCCUUGUCAAGAUGACCCCUUGCCUGCCUCCUCCCAGCUGCGACCCACCAGCCCACUCAGGUGCCACAACUCAACAGGUGACCUGAAGCGCCUUGACUCCAUUCUCCCACUGUCUCCUUCCUCCUACUCUUUACCCGGUGAUGCCCAGCCACAGGGCUUCCGUCGACGGGCCAGCACCUUCAGUCACCCUCCCACCCCUUCCUCAACAGAGUACUCAUCGGUGCAUAUAUUAACUCACACACCACAGGACCCUACUGCAGCUACCAAGCCCAAGCUCGUACGACACUACUCCGUCAGUACCGACACUCCACACCAGAGCAACUCUCCAUUUUCCUUGCUCUUUCUCUUCACCCUUUUUUCUGUUUUCAUACUUUCUUUGCUCUCUCUUUCUGUAUUUGCACUGUUUCUCAGACAUGUCCCAACCGACUCCACCCUUCCUCCUAUUCCUCCCUGCCCUUUAUCUCCCUCUCCUCUCCUCCCUCAUCAUCCUUCCUCACCUUCUACUGGAGCCCGGUUCAAUAAAAGAAGUCCUCUCGGUGGUCUGCGUGCUCGUCUCCACUCGUCCUCCUCUGUCCCUAAUUUUCUGAAAUUUCAAUUUCUGACCCCUGUCCAAGAGAAUGAUUAUUCUGAGCCAAAGAGCAGUGAUGUAGCAGCUCUGUCCACACCAACUGCAGCAUGUGGGGUGGGGGGAAGUCCUCUGCGUAGCCACCGGCACUCAUGGAGGCAACAGAUCUUCCUACGGGUCGCUACACCUCAGAAGAACACAGAAACCAACGAGCGGGGGGAUACCUGUCUAGAAGGGGGUCGAUUAUGUGUGGGCCAAGUGGGAGUUGGAGGAAGUGGGGACUUGUCCAUCAGGGUGGUGCCUGAGGAGAGGACGAAAAGGAGCAAAGAGGAGCUGAGGGAACUCUGGAGGAAAGCCAUCCUGCAACAGAUCUUGCUGCAGAGGAUGGAGAGGGAGAACCAGAAACUACAGGCCUCUGAGAGCGAUCUGCAGAACAAGCGUCUGAAGCUGGACUACGAGGAAAUCACUCCAUGUCUGAAGGAGGUCACUCUGGUCUGGGAGAAGAUGCUGGGAACUCCUGGGAGGGCAAAGGUCAAAUUUGACAGAGAGACCAUACAUGCUGCUGUUGCACAAGGUGUCCCAAGGCAACAUCGAGGUGAGAUCUGGAAGUUUCUCUCUGAACAGUACCUGCUCAGGCAGACGGUCCCCUCCCGACCCCCCACCAAUUGCACUCCGUACAAAGAGCUGCUGAAACAGCUCACCUCGCAGCAACAUGCCAUCCUCAUCGAUCUGGGUCGAACUUUCCCCACUCAUCCAUAUUUCCAAGCCCAGCUGGGGGCAGGACAGCUAUCUCUGUAUAAUUUACUGAAAGCCUACUCACUGCUGGACCCUGAGGUGGGCUACUGCCAGGGCCUGUCCUUCAUUGCUGGAGUGCUGCUGUUACACAUGGGGGAGGAGGACGCCUUCAACAUGCUCAAAUUUCUAAUGUAUGACGUGGGUCUCCGCAAACAGUACAGGCCUGACAUGAUUAUCCUGCAGAUUCAGAUGUACCAGUUGUCGCGGCUGCUCCAUGACUACCACAGGGAUCUUUACAGCCACCUGGAGCAGCAGGAGAUCGGGCCCAGCUUAUACGCCACCCCCUGGUUUCUCACCGCCUUCGCCUCACAUUUCCCCCUUGGCUUUGUGGCCAGAGUCUUUGAUAUGUUGUUCCUGCAGGGGUCCGAGGUCAUCUUUAAGGUGGCCUUGAGCCUGCUGGGGAGCCACAAGCCUUUGAUCCUGCAGCAUGAGAACCUGGAGUCUAUAGUGGACUUCAUCAAGACCACACUGCCCAACCUGGGCCUGGUGCAGAUGGAGAAAACCAUCAACCAGGUUUGUGAAAUAGACGUGUCCAAGCAGCUCCAGGCCUAUGAGGUAGAGUACCAUGUGUUGCAGGAUGAGCUGCUGGACACGCCCCCGACCCUCAACCAACACCAGCGAGCUGCACAGCUGGAGAGGACCAAUCAGAGCCUCCGACAGCAGAACCUCGACCUGCUUGAGGAGCUGCAGGCGUCACAUGCUCACGUCUGCAGCCUGGAGAGCCAAGUGGAGGCUUUUGCCCAGUCGGAAGGCCAGCUGAGGGAGCAGGUUUCUGCACUGGAGGAGGAGAAGAAGCAGCUAGCGAGCACCGUCACACGCCUCCAGGACCUCCUCGCCAGCCUCGGCAUAUACACCACCCCUGAUGGACACACACUCCCCCCACCCUCUGAAAGACACACAGCAACAGUGGAAGACAGAGAGGGGCUGGCAAACAAGACUGUGGACUCCCUUCCCCACCCUUUGGCUCUUCCAGAGGGUUCAUAACUGCAUCUAAUAAUCUUCCAACUGGUAAGGUCAACCGGCGGAGGAGCCAGUUGUGGAAGGACCAUGAAGAGAAGGUCGAGUGAGAUGUUAAGAUGACUCUCUAGCUCGACCUUUAUCCUCUUCCCAGGCUCCAGAAUGUUUUAAUAAAAAGAGGAAAUUCUGAGGUAGUUGGACCUAAAACAGAGAGGAGAAGAAUGGAAAUAGAACAAAAAUGGGGAUGAGGUUAAAGGAGAAUGAAAAAUAUAGGAUGGCACCUUUGAGUAUUAUCCCAAAACGCCAUGAGUGCCCUCUUCCUGCUCUCUAACAAAAUAUAAAUGAACAUGUGAUUUGACCAACAAUCCCCAAAGAUAGCACUGUCCCCCUGGGCCUCUACUGUAAAAACAGUUACAUUUGCACCUGUACUUGUAUGUGUCUGUGUUUUAUGCUCCUGCGAGAAGGGUUGUUUAAAUGUGUCGGAUGCAACAAGGCUAAAAUAGCCAAAGACUGUCCUUAUUAAUAUAAAACAAGCUCGAACAAAGAACAUGUUAUUGAUCACACUUACACAUAGUAAGUAAUACAAAGAAGAAAUGUUUCCAAAGCAAAAAUAAGAGGAGGGAAGUUUGACAAGAAAGUGAGAUGAAGGGACGGGUGAAGAAAUAUACUUCAUGACAGUUUUUUUUUUUUUUUUUUAUUAUAAAAGUUGAAUAUUGACAUAAGCUAAAUGAUAUUAGAUCUUGGAUGGUGGUGCCUGUAUUCAGAGGUCAAAGGUGAGCUAUUUUUUAUUUCUCCUCCGUAUUUCUGGUCUUCCACGGUUUUGUGUCCUGAUCCUGUAUGUUUUAAACUUCAUUUAGUUACAGUAGCUUGCAGGAAGAGUAACACAAUAAAUCCAGUCCAUUUCACAUCCUGUUUUUUCACCUUUGAAUCCAUCUGUGUAGAAAAGGGAAUGGAUGCCGUUUCAGCAGAAAACUUUAAAACAGUAGCUGUACAGUGCAGACUUCCACAGAUCAAUUACUUUAAAUUACUGCAAAACACACUAUGUCUAGAACUUCAAAUAGGUAACCUCUGCUGUUGAGACAAUCUGUCAGCUUUGAGUCAUUUACUGUAUUCAACACACUGAAUUCCUUCAACCCGAGCUACAGCUUGGCGUGUUUGUAUGUGAAUGUCUAAAUGUGUUACUGUGCACUUCACUGAUGGCAACAAAUCUGUAGAUUUACACUGUAAAGAUAUCUUGCUUUUACUCCUGACUCUUCUUGCACAUGUGUUUUGUUUUAAUUGAUUAUUGCUAUUAUUGUUGUUCUGUACUUUAAAAUACAUUUCAUAUCCUUUCAGCACAUCUGAAGCCUGGUUUUGUUUUGUGUGUUUUCCUGCAUACAGUAUAAACGCAUAUGUGUCAAGUGUCGGACUGUUAAAGAUGGUGUAGAUUGGAUCUCCUCCUGUCUAAACAUGUCAGUCACUUUGAAUGCUGUGGGCUUGAUAUAAGGUGCCAAGCAUAUGGAAAUAUACUGUACACAUUUCCAGGAACUGGCAUGAAAUGGCAUGUCGGGACAAGUUGUGGCUCUGUUAGCAUGUGUGUACACAAGAGAAAAAGCAACAACAGUGGAACCUCAGCCAAAUAAAUCAAAAGAAUACACAAUAAAACAAUUUGCCAUAA